UUACCAGCAACACCUUCCCUUGCACUUUCGUCUCCCUCUCGCCACCUCGUCUCUCUCUAAUAGCUGCUUCCAGUCCUUAGGGUUUUGUAGAGAGAGAAAGAGAGGAAAUUGAAAGAAGAAAACUGAAGUAUGGGGAACUCAACGAGGCAGUUGAAGGCUAUGCUUCGUAAGAAUUGGCUUCUCAAAAUUCGCCAUCCUUUUAUCACUUCUGCUGAGAUCUUGCUUCCUACAAUUGUAAUGUUACUGCUAAUAGCGGUGCGGACAAGAGUUGAUUUGCAAAUUCACCCUGCGCAGGCGUAUAUAAAGGAAAAUAUGCUUGUAGAAGUAGGAAAGGGUAUGUCCCCGAAUUUUCAAGAAGUUUUGGAGGCAUUGCUGGUGAGGGGAGAGUUUUUGGCUUUUGCACCAGAUAAAGAAGAAACAAGGACGAUGAUUAACUUAAUGUCAAUCAAGUUCCCUCUACUGCAGCAAGUUUCUCUGAUCUACAAAGAUGAACUCGAGUUGGAAACAUAUUUAACCUCUGAUCUUUAUGGCACCUGCAGUCAAGUCAAGAAUUGCUCAAAUCCAAAAAUCAAAGGAGCGGUAGUAUUUCAUAAUCAAGGUCCUCAGCUAUUUGAUUACAGUAUACGGCUUAACCACACAUGGGCUUUCUCUGGGUUUCCUGAUGUUAGAACCAUAAUGGAUGUGAAUGGACCUUAUCUCAAUGACUUGGAACUGGGUGUUAAUAUAAUACCGACCAUGCAAUACAGCUCCAGUGCUUUUUUCACUCUUCAGCAGGUAGUGGAUUCAUUCAUAAUAUUUGCCUCUCAGCAAACUGAAACUGAGUCUUCAACUGAACAUAUAGAACUGCCAUCGUCCAAUUCAUUCAACAAAUCUUCCUCGCUCAAGUUGCCAUGGACAAAAUUUAGCCCUUCAAAAAUUAGAAUCGCUCCCUUUCCAACACGUGAAUAUACCGAUGAUCAAUUUCAGUCAAUUAUCAAGAGCGUCAUGGGAGUAUUGUAUCUUUUGGGAUUUCUCUACCCAAUCUCUGGCCUUAUCAGUUAUUCUGUGUUCGAGAAGGAACAAAAGAUAAGAGAAGGUCUCUACAUGAUGGGCUUGAAAGAUGGGAUAUUCCAUCUUUCUUGGUUUAUUACAUAUGCUUUGCAGUUUGCAAUUUCAUCUGGGAUUAUUACAGCUUGCACCUUGAAUAACCUUUUCAAGUACAGCGACAAGUCAGUGGUGUUUGUGUAUUUUUUUUCAUUUGGACUCAGUGCAAUUAUGCUGUCCUUUUUGAUAUCUACAUUCUUCACACGAGCAAAAACAGCAGUGGCAGUUGGUACCCUUUCGUUUUUUGGGGCCUUCUUUCCUUAUUACACUGUCAAUGACCCGGCUGUCCCUAUGAUAUUGAAGGUCCUUGCCUCUUUGCUAUCACCUACAGCCUUUGCUCUCGGAUCAAUUAACUUUGCCGAUUACGAGCGUGCUCAUGUUGGACUUCGCUGGAGCAACAUAUGGCGGGAGUCAUCUGGGGUGAAUUUUUUGGUCUGUCUUCUGAUGAUGUUAUUUGACACAUUGAUAUACUGUGCUAUUGGCCUGUACCUUGAUAAGGUCCUUCCCAGGGAAAAUGGGAUGAGUUACCCAUGGAACUUCUUAUUCCAGAAGUGCUUCUGGAGGAAGAAUAAUUUUGUCAAACAUCAUGGUUCCAGUUUAGAAUCCAACUUUAACGAUGAGAUUUCCAAUGAAAGGGCAAGCUUUUUAGGAAAUAAUACCCAUGAACCUGCUGUUGAAGCGAUAAGCUUAGAUAUGAAGCAACAAGAACUUGAUAAAAGAUGCAUCCAGAUUAGGAAUCUGCGUAAGGUGUAUGCUUCUAAAAGGGGAAACUGUUGUGCUGUCAAUUCUUUGCAGCUUACCUUAUAUGAAAAUCAGAUUCUUGCUCUUCUAGGACAUAAUGGAGCUGGAAAAAGCACAACAAUUUCAAUGCUUGUUGGUCUUCUUCCUCCUACUUCUGGGGAUGCUUUAGUAUUUGGAAAGAAUAUCACAACAGACAUGGAUGAGAUACGGAAUGGACUGGGUGUCUGCCCUCAAAAUGAUAUCCUUUUUCCAGAAUUGACUGUGAGAGAACAUUUAGAAAUUUUUGCUGCAUUGAAGGGUGUGAAGGAAGAUAUUUUGGAGAGGAUCGUAACUGAUAUGGUCAAUGAAGUGGGUCUGGCUGAUAAGGUCAAUACUGCUGUGAGGGCUCUUUCUGGUGGCAUGAAGAGGAAAUUAUCUCUGGGAAUUGCACUGAUAGGAAAUAGCAAGGUCGUAAUUCUUGACGAACCUACGAGUGGGAUGGAUCCAUACUCAAUGCGCUUGACGUGGCAGUUAAUAAAAAGAAUAAAGAAGGGCAGGAUAAUCUUACUUACAACACACUCGAUGGAUGAAGCUGAUGAACUAGGAGAUCGGAUAGCUAUCAUGGCUAAUGGAUCCUUGAAAUGCUGUGGAAGCUCCCUAUUUUUGAAGCAUCAGUAUGGGGUUGGUUAUACCCUUACAUUAGUGAAGUCGUCACCUACUGCUUCUGUGGCUUCUGAUAUUGUUUACCGCCAUGUUCCAUCUGCAACAUGUGUGAGCGAGGUUGGAACUGAGAUUUCUUUCAAGCUGCCUUUGGCAUCAUCGGUUUCUUUUGAAAGCAUGUUUAGGGAAAUUGAAAGUUGCAUGAGAAGAUCAAUUUCUAAAUCAGAAAUGAGUAGCAGUGAGGACAAAAGUUAUCCUGGCAUUGAAAGUUAUGGUAUUUCAGUCACAACUCUGGAAGAGGUAUUCCUGAGAGUUGCAGGAUGCGGGUAUGAUGAAACUGAUGAUUUCGUGGACAGAAACAACAUUCUUUCAUCUAACUCUACAGUUCCUGCAGCUUAUGACAAUCGCCCUUCCGAAACAAUUUUUGAUGCAAAAAUUUUGGGAAAUUAUAAAAAGAUUAUUGGAUUCAUAUCUGCCAUGGUGGGGAGAUUCUCUGGUUUAAUGGCCGCCGCAAUCUUAAAUUUCAUCAAUUUCUUAGGUAUGCAGUGCUGUAGCUGCUGUAUGAUUUCAAGAUCAACAUUUUGGCAGCAUACUAAGGCAUUAUUCAUAAAGAGGGCUAUAUCUGCUCGGAGAGAUAGGAAAACAAUUGUUUUCCAACUUCUAAUUCCUGCCAUUUUCUUGCUUUUUGGUCUUCUUUUUCUCAAGCUUAAGUCACAUCCUGAUCAGCAGUCUGUUACUCUAACAACUUCACAUUUUAAUCCUCUCUUAAGUGGUGGUGGUGGUGGUGGUCCAAUUCCUUUUGAUCUAUCCUUGCCUAUUGCAAAAGAGGUUGCUGGAUAUAUUAAAGGGGGGUGGAUUCAAAACUUUAGACAGAGUGCAUACAGAUUCCCUGAUGCAGAGAGGGAAUUGGCUGAUGCAAUCAAGGCAGCAGGACCAACUUUGGGACCGGUUUUACUUUCUAUGAGUGAAUUUUUAAUGUCUAGCUUUAAUGAAUCCUAUCAGUCAAGGUAUGGGGCUGUUGUGAUGGAUAAACAACAUGAUGAUGGAAGCUUGGGAUAUACCAUUCUACACAACAGUUCCUGUCAGCAUGCUGCUCCAACCUUUAUCAAUAUAAUGAAUGCUGCGAUUUUGAGGCUUGCUACUGGUGAUCAAAAUAUGACAAUUCAAACACGCAACCACCCUCUGCCGAUGACCAAAAGCCAGCACUUACAACAUCAUGAUUUGGAUGCCUUUUCUGCUGCAAUUAUUGUCAAUAUCGCCUUCUCAUUCAUUCCUGCUUCAUUCGCAGUUGCCAUUGUGAAGGAACGUGAAGUUAAGGCAAAGCACCAACAAUUGAUUAGUGGGGUUUCUGUACUUUCAUAUUGGGUUUCUACAUACAUCUGGGACUUCAUUAGCUUCUUAAUUCCUUCAUCUUUUGCUCUCUUACUGUUCUAUAUUUUUGGUCUGGACCAGUUUAUUGGAAAGGAUUGCUUCUUGCCAACUUUCCUCAUGUUCUUAGAGUAUGGACUAGCAAUUGCUUCUUCAACAUAUUGCCUUACCUUCUGCUUUUCUGAACACUCUAUGGCUCAGAAUGUGGUUCUGUUGGUCCACUUUUUCACUGGGUUGAUUCUCAUGGUUAUCUCAUUUAUCAUGGGCCUUAUACAAACAACAGCAAGUGCAAAUAAUUUGCUAAAGAACUUCUUCAGAUUAUCACCAGGAUUUUGCUUCGCUGAUGGACUCGCUUCACUGGCUCUUCUAAGACAAGGGAUGAAAGAUAAAUCUAGUAAUGCAGUUUUUGACUGGAAUGUAACUGGUGCUUCCCUUUGUUAUCUCGGCUUUGAGAGCAUCGGUUACUUUCUUCUCACACUUGGGUGGGAACUGUUGCCUUUUCACAAAUUGACUCCAGUAGGAAUUAAGCGGUAUUGGAGGAGCAUCAUGAAUCUCCAUCAUGACACUCAUGAUUUAGAACCACUUCUAAAAUCUCCAUCAGAAACUGUUGAUCUCAACUUUGAUGAAGACAUAGAUGUGAAAACAGAAAGAAAUAGGGUACUUGCAGGUUCCGUUGACAAUGCUAUCAUCUACUUGCGUAACCUUAGGAAGGUAUAUCCUGGAGAAAAACAUCGUACAAAAGUUGCUGUGCGUUCUUUGACUUUCUCAGUUCAAGCAGGAGAAUGUUUUGGCUUUUUAGGAACAAAUGGAGCUGGGAAGACGACUACAUUGUCAAUGUUAACUGGAGAGGAAUCCCCAACUGAUGGAAGUGCUUUUAUUUUUGGUAAAGACAUGCGUUCAAAUCCCAAGGCUGCCCGUCGGCAUAUUGGGUAUUGUCCCCAGUUUGAUGCUCUAUUGGAAUUUUUAACUGUCCAAGAGCAUCUUGAGCUUUAUGCAAGAAUAAAAGGAGUUGCAGAUUACAGAAUAGAUGAUGUUGUAAUGGAAAAGUUGGUGGAGUUUGACUUGCUGAAGCAUGCCAACAAACCAUCUUUCACUCUUAGUGGGGGAAACAAACGCAAGUUGUCUGUUGCAAUUGCAAUGAUUGGAGAUCCACCUAUUGUAAUUCUUGAUGAGCCAUCGACAGGCAUGGAUCCUAUUGCUAAACGAUUCAUGUGGGAAGUCAUAUCUCGUUUGUCAACCAGACAAGGGAAGACAGCAGUAAUUCUUACUACCCACAGCAUGAAUGAAGCUCAAGCACUGUGCACCCGAAUAGGAAUAAUGGUUGGAGGCCGAUUAAGAUGCAUUGGAAGUCCUCAGCAUUUGAAAACACAAUUUGGAAAUCACCUUGAACUAGAGGUUAAGCCUACCGAAGUCAGCUCUGUAGAUUUGGAAAACCUUUGCCAAACCAUUCAAAGCAGACUUUUCGACAUUCCUUCACAUCCAAGAAGUUUACUUGAUGACAUUGAAGUUUGCAUUGGGAGAAUUGACUCCAUUACAUCUGAAAAUGCAUCAGUGAUGGAGAUCAGCUUGUCUCAAGAAAUGAUUAUUUUGAUUGGAAGCUGGCUUGGAAAUGAAGAAAGAGUGAAGACACUUAUAUCUUCAACACCCAUUUCUGAUGGGGUCUUUGGUGAACAGUUAUCAGAGCAGUUGGUUCGAGAUGGUGGGAUACCUUUGCCAAUAUUUUCAGAGUGGUGGUUAGCUAUAGAGAAGUUUUCUGCUAUUGAUUCAUUUAUCCUGUCAUCCUUUCCUGGGGCAGCAUUUCAAGGUUGCAAUGGUUUGAGUGUUAAAUAUCAGUUGCCAUAUAGUAAGGACCUAUCGCUUGCAGAUGUUUUUGGACACGUCGAACAAAAUAGAAAUCAACUGGGCAUAGCAGAAUACAGUAUCAGCCAGUCAACACUUGAGACCAUUUUUAAUCAUUUUGCAGCAAGUUGUUGAGGUAACUUCAAAUUCUCAACACUGUUUUUAUGCCCCUAAUUUUUUUUCAGAUGGGUUGUAUGUAUGAGCAGAGAUAUGCUUCUCCUUCUGUUAAAAAAAGAACAAUUUAAUAGUUUGUAAAUAAUAACAGUCGAAAUUGUAUGUACAUAGUUAAACCCAGAACAUUAAUAUCCCGCUAGCUCUGGUGUAUGAAAUUGUUUAUCAUAAGAACAAACUAAUAUUGAUCUGCUCGUGCAAUUUACUUGUUGCAUGGGAUACAGUGGACCCGUCUCGGAGCAUGUUAAGUGAUAUUUCGUGCUC